UGAUAUAAAAAUGAUCUAAAUGAAAAUGUUAUGCAAUGAAAUAUGAAGCUAAAGGGAAGUACCUUCACUUCACACCAAUAUUAUAAAUCUUUCUUACAAUCAACUUGUAUGAAAUGUGCAUGUUUUUUGGGAACAAACUUAUUCUGAAACUGCAUUUGAUAAUUUGAACAGGGUAGUGUUCCAUCAUGUAUGCUGUUGUUCUUUUUGACAAAACAAAUGAGGUUGAAGUGGUGCCAUCAUCAUGGAUAGAUGGUGACAAGUGUUUGUGGACUGACCAUCUGAAAAGUACAACUGUUACAAAGGCCACUGAGCCUAAUGUGUCUCCAACUGCUGAUUGGAGGCCAUACAGUGUUACAGUACGAAGACAACAAGAUAAGACUGAAGAAGAGGAUUAUAGGGCCUUUAAUGUUGAGGGCAAGGUAGGUAUGAAAAGAAAAGGUAAUUUCCCUUCCUUGUCACUUAAACAGAGAAAGAAACUUUCAUACAGUAGGUAUGACAUUUCUUCUAAAACAAUAUUAAGUCAAAGACAUGCCUGGUUGACUAGUAAUGAAAUAAACUUAGUCCAUGGAAUUUUAUCAGAUAUGUUCCCAAAGGUAGAGGGCUUUCAUGGUACUUGUGCCCUUGAGUUUGUUAAAAAUGGUCAUAUCUUAUCCACUCCCACUUCUUCAUUUGUGCAAAUAGUUUAUCUUAACUCCCAUUGGCUUACUCUUUCCAACAUUAAUAGCAAUAUUAGCAAUUGUGUUCAAAUUCCAGACCUUGGAGACCCAGACUGAAGGGUAAGAUUGCUGAGAUCGUUGCCUCAUUGCAUUUUGCUCCAUCCAAGGAAAUUGUUUUGGAGCACAUAGAUGUUCAGGAGCAAACUGGUGAUAAUGACAGUGGUCUUUAUGCCAUUGCUGUGCUUUGGAACAAGACCCGAGGACUUCAUUUGGGAGCAAAGGGCAAUGAGGGAACAUCUCAGCAAGUGUUUUGAAAGGGGUAGUUUGGAAAUGUCCCCAUAUAGAUCAGAGAACAGCCACCAUACAAGACCAAAAUUGUCUGAAUUUCCAAUAUAUUGUCAUUGUGGGCAGGUCUAUGAUAGAAACCAGGACUGGAUUGAAUGUGAAGACUGCCUGCAAUGGUUCUAUCGCAAAUGUGAAGGGAUCCAGUCAUCUGCCCUGGAGAAUCUACAGCACACAUUGGCAGUGUUGCAACUGCUCUUAGGGUGGUAUUCUAUAGAGCUGUAAUCUGUCAGAUAGACACACCAUACCAGUUGGGGGAGAUUCUUGCUAAGUGCGAUCAUUGCAAUUAGCUUAAAUGGCUGAGUUACUGAGGAGAAGGUAUGCAUGUACGACAGAAACCAGGACUGGAUUGAAUGUGCAGACUGACUGCAAUCAAUUAAAGUGCAUCUCAAGUGUGAAUGGCCCCAGUCAUCCACCCUGGAGAAUC